CAUUGUCAGGCUCCAACAAGCAGCUGAGAUAUUCCUACUGCAGAUUGCUGAAACAGGAUCACAAGUUGGAAUUGUCACUUUUAACCAUGAUGCAAGCAUUAAAAUACAGUUAAAAAGGAUUGAUAAUGAUACCAUAAGGGAGCAUCUUGUACAGCUGUUACCAACAUCAGCUAGUGGGGGAACGAGAAUCUGUGCUGGGUUAGGGCUGGAUUUCAGGUAAGCCUAGAAUGUUGGGCCUUUUCUACUAACUUCAAGUGUUGCAUUUUUUCCAUGUUGGCUUCUGAUUGUUGCAGGUACUUCAUGGUGAUGACAAUGCUACAAAGGGUGAUGAAAUUAUUUUACUGACAGAUGGAACAGAUAAUCAAAUAAGCACCUGCUUCCCAGAAGCGGAAGGAAGUGGAGCUGUAAUCCACACCAUUGUACUAGGACCAUCUGCAGCUGAAGAAUUAGAGCAGCUUUCAACCAUGACAGGGGGCUUACAGUUUGCAGCAACUGAUAACCUGGAUACAAGUGGAUUAAUUGAUUCUUUCACUGGAUUGACAUCAGGAAAUGGUGACAGCAGCCAACAGGCCAUCCAGCUUGAAAAUCUAGGAAGAAACAUUGGCAAUGACACUUGGCUAAAUGGCACUGUUGUUAUCGAUGAGGCUAUUGGCAAUGACACAUCUUUUGUCAUCACCUGGGAGACACAGACUCCUUAUAUUCUUCUCCAUGAUCCCAGUGGAAAGAGUCACAAUAACAGUGACUUUAAGAUAGAUGAGAUUGUGCACACAGCUCGACUACAGAUUUAUGGCACGGCACAGGUUCCAUGGAAUGGUGCCCUUCUGGAACAUCAAGACCAAGACUGUGGUAAAAGCACUUUCUACACUGGUAGGUGUACCUAAAGGAAGCUAAUUUGUCCAGGGUAGUAACUUUAUAUCAAGAACAUUCCAGGGGAUAGUGAAAGAGUUGAGAGCUAAGCAUAUUGUAUCACCUUUGACCUUACUGAGAGAGCAAUGGUCAGACCAGAAUGAAAAUAUGAUUAAGGGUUAUUAUGACUCCUACCCUGCAGCAGUGAGUACUGUUAUGAUGAUGGAGGAGAUUGUCAUGUCUACUACUGGAUUACCAAUUCAUUUUACUGAACACCCUGUAGUUUUCACAAGACUCAGAAAGUCUGAUGUUUUGGAAAAUACUGAUGGAAAAAUUCAACAUUCGCAGUCAAAGCAGCAAAAACAACUGAAGAGCUUAAUUGACAAGUAUAAACGUUUAUUCCCUGAUAUUCUAAGGCUGUGCAAUGCAUGAUCUCAUUGUAAAUUCAGUCCAGGCUAUUAAGCAGCAUCCCUACAGAGUGACCUUGGAGGAAAGCAAGCUGGUAGAAAAACUGUUUAAAUGGCUGUCUGAGGCAAAUCUCACAGUGAACCUCACCAAAAGUGAGCUCGGCCAUGCCACGGUCACAUACCUGGGGUAUGUGGUAGGACCGGGGCAGCUGGCUCCUGUGCAGGCUAAAGUACAGGCUAUUUCUGAAGUUCCCUUCCCGACUGAUAAGAGGGUAGGGUACUAUUGGAAGUUUUGUAAGAACUUUGCAGAUAUUGCCCUCCUUCUUACUAAGCUCUUGCAAAAGAGUAAGAAAUUUGUGUGGAGUGACACCUGUCAACAAGCUUUCGAGAGUCUGAAAACUAUACUGUGUCACCACCCUGUGUUAAAAGCACCUGACUUUUCAAAACCCUUCUCCCUAGCAACAGAUGCUAGC